CUUUGAGCCCUUUAAGCAGAUCUCAGGCUGGACGGUAAACCAAGUAGAAAACUGACGGACGCAACAGCUGAUUCGGCACUGGAAAAUCUUUCUUGACUGGACUUUUUGGAGAGAGAGGAAGUGAUAGCGUCCUCCAUGGUUUAGGAAGGCCGGCCAUGGGGCGGGAUAGCACCGGGAUAACCGCUCUGUCCGAGUGGGAGGCCAGCGAGAAUCGUGUAAAAUCGAGGGAGACUAAGCUCAGUUUAUGACCGAGCACUCUAGAAGAAGGUCAUACGAGAGUCUUGUUGUGUUAGCUUGAAAUUCAACAAAUCCAUGAACAAGUUAUCCGCAAAUGUGUGUUCAUCUCUAAAAGAAACUUGUUUUCUCCAGUGGGGCAAGUGUCCUCCGCUCUUGACCAAGUCACAUUUUACCAGUUCCCUGGAAUUACUCUUUCAAUUGAUCACCUAUUCUGCCAAACCACUAAAGGAGCAUUAACAUGGAUGACUGCUUGGAUCAUGAGGAAAACUGGCAUUUGGCCGCCAGAGGGAUCCAAUUGGCCCUCAACAAUCGCGUGGAGGAUGCUCAGAAUCUGCUCAAAAGCGAUCCCGCCAAUUCGAUUCAUUCCCAGGCGGGAUAUUGCUUCCUUACCUUCAUGAAUGCAGUGAUGACAUUUGAAGAAGACAAAAUGAGCCAGUCCCUGGUCGCUUUACGGGCCAUGGAGAAACGAUGUUGUUCCAACCCAAAUCCCCCACCGUCCUCAUCCUCAGGAUCCUCGGGGAACCCAAACAUUUCCAAUGGCUUCUCGGGCAUGACGCUAUCCCCAUCCUUCACCUCGUUCCAUGGGAUGAAGUCCAAGAUGCAAGGCCUGUUCAACACCAUUCCAGAACAGCAAGCGGAUUCGAACCGGUCCAGCCAAGGAGGAGGAGAGUUUUUUGCCAAUGGAGAUGAGUAUGAUGAAUCCAGUAAGUUGGAGCAACAAAUCAUCCUUGCCGACUGUCAGGUCUUAGCUGCAAUCAUCAAUUUCCUCCACCAAGAUUGGGGAUCCUACAUGAAAGGAGGUUGGGUGUUGAGGAAAGCGUGGAAAAUUUACCAAAAGGCAUACACCCAGAUAAGGCGGAUUUACAUGCAAAAAGUCGGCCUCCAGGGCAAUCUUCUGGCGCCUCCGCCCGUUCCAAAUCAACCUCAGAGCCAUGGUCCAUCCACCCCAAAUGGGUUUCAAAAUGGAACUCCUUCGUCCAAUAAGAAUGGAAAUAAGAGGAACCGGUCCACGCUCAAUGGGAUCAGCCACAGCUUGAGCGUUCCACUUAGUCUGUUCUCGUUGGUGAAGGAGGCCAACAAUGCUCAAGACACCACAUCCAACGCCAGCGGCUCAAUUGGCGGCAAUGAGGAGGAUUUGGGAAACCCUUCCACCAUCUCGGCCGCGACAAUCAAACGACUGAUGAGCGCGGUGAGCUUCGGCUUUGGAAUAUUCCACUUGGCCGUGUCGCUCUUACCGCCCAAAUUGCUCAAUAUCAUCUCAUUCUUCGGGUUCGAAGGCGACCGACAAACGGGCAUCCAGGCCCUACACUUUGCCCGUCAAGGCAAUGAUAUGAGAGGACCCAUCGCCACAUUGGCGCUCUUGUGGUUCCACACAAUCGUGAGGCCGUUUUUUGGCCUCGACGGUCUCAACGUGAAAUCGGGAGCGGAAGCUGCUCAACGCCUGAUUGAUGCCUCGAAACCGGAAUUUGCAAAUUCAGCUCUAUUUCUCUUCUUUCAAGGGAGGGUGGAGAGGCUCAAGGCCAAUUUCUCCGAUGCCCUGAACUCGUAUGAAAAGGCCUUGAGUGUGUCUGCUCAGCGUGAGAUCCAAUUGCUCUGUCUUCACGAGGUGGGAUGGUCAUAUCUACUUCUAUUGCAAUGGGAACAGUCCUCACGGGCGUUCCUCCAACUGAAGUCGGAUUCCAGAUGGUCCAAGAGUUUCUACUGCUAUCUCUCGGCAGUUUCCCUGGGUGCGAGUGGAGAUACCGAGCAAUGCCUGGAACUCGCCCGAGAGACGCCCAAAUUGGCGAGGAAGGCCGGGAACCAGCAACUGGAACGAUUUCUCCUCCGUCGAGCCACCAAAAUGGUUCAAGACCAGGUGGAUGAGAACUACUCCCGACUCCUGGGAUACGAGCUGCUGUACUUGUGGAACACUUUGGGAGCUUGUUUGAAGCACUCAACCAUGUCCAUUCAAUUGGAUUGUGAGAACAUCUACGUGCCUGCCUUGGAAGGGGUGCGCCAGCUCAUUUUGGGCUCAAUUUACAGCAAUUCCGGACUGGUCUUGGAAGCCAAACAAAGUUAUGGAAAGGCCAUCAAACAGGGCAGUGAAGUGGAUGGAGGUGAUAUCCACGCAGCGGCCUUUGCCGCAUACGAACUGGGUCUUCUCCUCUGUCGAACUGCCGAAACUCGAAGUGAGGGACGCCAUUAUUUGGAGUUUGCUCGGGACAAUUAUCGCAACUACGAUUUCGAGCAUCGUCUCUCUGUGCGGAUCCAAGCAGCCCUCCGCUACUAUUCCGACAAUAUCAAGGAACGACGAGCUCAAGAAAUGAUUUCCAGCUAAUUGCCAUUCGGUCUCCUCAUUGUGUUGUCGUCCCCUUCUCAGUUCAAUCUCGGCUCAUCGUGUAAAAAGACGAGCCAGAAAAUGAAUAGUAAGAAUAACAAGAAGAUCUUGAUGAUGCCGACGAUCGAGAGUUAGAUCUGCAGAAGAACCAUUUGAUCUCCACGUGCUGUGUGUCGUUAAUCUUAGUGCACAUAAUAAUCUUCAAUAAUAACAUCCACCCUCUGUCCAUUGUCAUUGCUUGAGACGCAUAUUUAAUCUCCUGUACUAUGUAUAUUCAGACGGGUAAAAAACCGUGAUCACAUUACCAUGAUCCACUCAUCAGUAUCAAUUAAUAGUUCAAAUACUCAAUAUCCGGCGAUUGAAGCUUGUGAACAUUCCGGUAGUGAGAGCGCACCACUAGCAUACAGUAAAUGUUCACCCCCAUCCACAGCCAGUUGCAGGAGGCUGCAAACACCACUUCCAGGUAGA